UUUCUAUGAAGCUAGCACCUGGCCCGAAUACGAAACUAUAAAGCACGCUUCCGGUGUUGCGAGCGGAGUAAGCCAUCCGUCCUGGUGUCUGCUGGAUACCUCCACCGCUGGGGAUGACUACCGUCGCCGAGCCUCGCAACCCACAUGGGUCCGAACGCCCGUCUGAUCCGAACACCAACAAGCCUAAGACGUGGUACCCCGGCGUUUUCGUUCUGCUUUUGUAGCAUAUAUUAAUACUGUUUCCUAAUUAUAUAUAGAUGCAAGCGAUUCGAAACUCUGCUUGCCGACUCCGCCCACUCGUCUCAAAUUCUCUCUCGUCUACCAGAGCCAUGGCGCCUGUAUCAAGCACCGCCAAUGGCACCCAGGAAGUCAAGAUUCUGAUGCUUCACGGCUUCACCCAAUCGGGCCCUCUCUUCCACGCAAAGACUCGCGCGUUAGAGAAGUUGUUAAUUAAGACCCUCGCCCCAGCGUCUAUCUUGCCCAAGCUUAUUUACCCCACUGGUCCCAAUCUCCUUACCGUUGAUGAUAUCCCAGGCUAUCGCCCGCCGCCCAACCAGGAUCCUGAAACAGAGCCUCCAGAGAUGUGGUCCUGGUGGCGCAAGGACGAUGCCACGGGCACCUACCGUUACUUUGACAACGGUCUACAGGUUGUCGCUGAUACUAUUGCCGAAGCUGGUGGUGUGGACGGCAUCUGCGGCUUCAGUCAGGGAGGAGCCUUGACUGGAAUAGUAGCGGCCGCGCUGGAGUCGGAUCGGGCCAUUCCUGAUGGUGAGGAUGGCGACUGGGCUCGCAAGCUGCGAGAGGCAAACGGUGGUCGUGCAGCAAAGUUUGCUAUCGUCUAUUCUGGCUUCUGGGCUGGUGUAGACAGACUCAAGUGGCUGUACGAGCCUAACCUUACUACCCCUUCUCUGCACUUCAUUGGAAGCUUGGAUACAGUGGUCGACGAAACUCGCUCCCAGCAGCUUAUCGACCGCUGCGACGAUCCCAAGGUAGUGGUACACCCAGGAGGACACCAUGUCCCUAUUUCCAAAGAAUGGGCCAUGCCGUUAGCCGGCUUUAUUAAACAAUACGCAUCAGCAAGCACCCCUCGUGCUGGGCUGUAGAGGGAAACGACAGAACGUUAAAUGCGCCAAUAGACACGCUUGAUAGACACAUCAUUUUUACAUUUAUCAUAGAUGCGGUUAGAUCACAUAUUAAUGCCCGAUGUACUUUUUGCGCCCUCUUUUUUUAGGGACCAACUGCUUCUACAAUUACACAAAGUCUAUUCUCAAACAGUGAGUGAUAGGUAAUAGUCAUCUAGAAACAUAUGCCAUGUCGUCAUUAUUUCGAACUUGUUGGUUGAAUGCGGGCCAUCAUCUCCUCCUUGGUAAUCAAAUGAUCGAUUCUCUCCAAAUGUCCCAGCAGGCUCUUCAUGUUGUAGCUCCACUCGUUGAGAACGUCAUCAGCGCUUCGCGGCUUCGCAAAGCUAACGAUGCGUGCAGGGCGAUCAAUCUUGGCAUAAACAGUCUUGGAGGUCACCAGCUCGCUGAUGUACUUUUCUGUCUCGUCUUCGGUAAGGUCGAGAAGCUCAGUUAGACGGCUCAUUUGAAUGCGAGUGUAGUACUUGGCAACAACGCGAACGUUAUGCUCGAUAACGCGCUUUCGAAGAUCCGUCCAUCUUUGAUGAGCCUUUUCGUCGGAAGAUUUGCCAGGCUGUGCAUCAAAUACAUCGGUGCUGCACAAGUGCUGGCCAAAUUUCUUUGCGAUUUCGGGCCAUCUCAUGAGCUCAUGAACAGUGAAUAAACGUAGUAGUUCGGCAUCGAGCGCAACUUGCGAGUUGCGUGUGUCUCUGAAGAUGCGCUGAAGAAGAUCAUGCUGUUCGUUAUCGUAAGGGGCGAGGAUGACGAAGUAAAUAAUGCGUUGAAGAACCUGGGUAAUGUAUAUGUUAGCAGCUAGCUUGCCCGUUUGAAUAUGCAGUCACGUACAGGGUGGAGUUUAGCAGGGUCUUCUUCCACAGCCUCCGUGUCAAGAACAUGUCGGUAGUUCUUGCAGACCUCGAGGUACUUGUCCUCAUGCUUGGCCAAUGUAACCUGUUGCUCGUAGUAGCGCAACUUGAGAUCUGUGGUGUCGUCUUCCUUGACCUCUGGCACUUCCUCGCCUCUGGCCUUCUUCUUCUCGCGCUCCUUUUGUUCCUUCUCCAGUUGCUCGGCAGUCUUCUUCGGCUUUCGUGCAAGGAAUUUUGUGCUGAUCUUGCGGCCGAGGAUGCCUGCCUGUGUCCAGUCACCACUCUCGAUGCAGAGGGCAACCUGUGCAAGAAUGAACUCAGUUUUCUCCCGUCUGUCCAUCGAUCCAAAGGUUUCAACUUGGAGCUCGCACAAAAUUUCAGUAGCCGCCUUCAAAUCGCCCUGCUCUUUCUUGAUAUCGGAGAGAAUCUUGGUAACUCUGGCGCGUUCCACUUCGACAAAGAUUUUGCCUUCUGUCACCGUUCGGAGGGUCUCGAUAACUGAUAACUUUGUCUUGAGAUCGGGAGUAUCGUCGAGGAAGCCGACUACUGUUUGGACCAUCUUCGUAAUAGCUUGCUUCAGCUGGCUGUGUUUCUUGGACAAGACCAGGGUCUGGUCAUUCAUCAAGCUCCAGUCACCAGCAUU